AUGAAAGACAUGAAAAGGAAUUUGAAGAAGGGGACGUUUCCAACCAUUUGGGAAAAAUCCUCUCAAACACUAUCAAAGCGGAGUCGACGAUCGGUGAGUGAAAUUACAAUGUAUUUGCGCUGUGCUUAUCACCAUUAUAUUUAUUUCCCCAUUUACCUGUGACAUGAUUUUUUCUGGCAUCGUUGUUCAAUAUUCGUGUAAUGAAUGCUCUGACUAUUUGGACCUCCCAUAUUGUUGCAUGUGUUUUCAUACUUUUCUGCUUUCUUCUCAUAGUUAUAGUAAAAUUAAGAGUUACACGCGAGUCUUUUAAAACGACCAAAAAUGGACUUAGUCUGAUUUCUACAUUCUAUAAGUUCAGUUACUGUUUGCGGGGUUUUUUUUUCGUUUGUAUUUUAAUUCUAUUUUCACUGUCUGCAAAUGAUGCAUACAUUUUAAGGCAAAGAUGUGGUUAAACCUUGCUUCCAUUUCUAGUUUUGAAAACAUCGACAUAAAGCUCAAAUUUAAACUUGUUUUGAAGGGGAGAUAUAAAAAAUGGUCGUAACUAUUUUCAUUUUUAGCUACUAAAUGAAAUUCUGGCUGGUCAAACUACUAAUGAGGAUACAGAGGAAGAAGACAAUCCUGAAGAAGAGGUGACUUCUUUGAAAGGAAGUUCUGCACCUGAGGAGAGUGCUGACACUAUGGGGGCUCCCAAUCUCAACCCUGAGGAGUCUCCAGAAGUCGAGGGUGUUCUGAAUACAAGUCAGGGUUCUUUGCUUGAGGUAAAUCCUGAAAAGGAGGGCUGCAUCCCUGAGACUGAGACGGGUGAGAUAAGUGUUGAUGCUGAGAUGGCUUCAGAGGUCCUAGGUUCUCCUGGUGAUAAGACAGCUCUCGAGAGCCAAGGGAUUUCAGGCAGUGAUGAGGUUACUGAGACCAUGCUGUUGCAGAUCCUGGAGGCUCAGGGAAUCGAAAUAGUGCAGGAUAUGGAUGAAGUUAUGCAGAUUGAUGAAUCAUUAACGAUUCCUGAACUUGAACAGGUUUCUAUGGUAGGCGCAUAACUCUAAUUAAUGUUUAUUUGCAUCUUUGUAUUAUCAUGACAAUGGAAAACUACAUGUGCAGUUAUUUUACAACAAUACUAAAACACAAAAAUUCUAAAGUCUUGUUAUUACAGCCUGUAUUAAUGUUGAAAGUUUGUUUUUUGUAGGAUACUCCAACUGGACAUGCUGGGAAUUGCACAACAUGCAAAACCCUGAGGAGUGAGGUGACUCAGUUAAGGGGUAAAGUCACAAGACUGAAGAGUAAGUUAAUCUCCAAUCAAGAUCAGUGGGUUGAAACCUUUAAGAGCAUACAAGAGCCGAAGCAGUUGCUGAUGGUGAAUGCUGGUGAGUCAACAAUAAUUGAUGUUGAUGAGUCAUAUAGGCAUAACUGCCUAUUUUUAUAUUUUUAUUAUAUUUUAUCAAUAUUUGAUUAUUUAAUAAUUAAUUAAAAUUUUAAUGUUGAUAGAAUUUUUUUAAUUCCAUUUGUUUAAGCUAUUCAAACUGAUCCAUGGCCAGUAACAAACGAGACAGAGUUAGGGCUAGAGGAUGAAUCAGAAGAUGAGCAGGAAAUGCAGGACGACGCGUAUGAGGAGUUUGAGUGUGAUGAAGACCCUACAUGGAGUCCUGAAGAAAUCGAAGAUGCAUAUAAAAAACUAAGGAAGAUGAUGACUCGGUGA